AUGAAGUUAUUAGGUAUUAAUAAGUUGCGUACGACACCGUACCACCCACAGAGUAACGGGGCGGUAGAGCGUUGGCAUAGGUCGCUUAAAGCGGCAUUAACGGCUCGCUUAUGCAAUAUAUCAUCAUCUUGGGUUACGGAAUUACCAACUGUGUUGCUAGGACUUAGAACAGCAGUAAGAAGUGAUACCGGCAUAAGCGCAGCAGAAAUUACGUACGGAACAACUUUACGAUUACCAGGUGAUUAUUACGAUAAAAAAUCGAGUUUUGAAAUAGAUAGCAGUCUUGAGUAUGUAAGUAAAUUACGAGAUACUAUUAGGAAAUAUCAGUCAGUAGCUAUUAGGCAGAAUGUAAGACGGAACAUAUUUAUUCACCCCGAUUUAGAAAAAUGCGAUUAUGUUUUUGUAAGAAACGACGCAGUGCGUAAGCCUCUACAACCAACAUACGACGGUCCUUAUCGUGUGCUGAGUCGAGAGGAAAAGGUAUUUUACAUUCAAAUGACUGGCAGGAAAGUUAGAAUAUCUGUAGACCGUCUAAAACCUGCAUAUUAUUUGAAUGAUGAUAGUGAUACGACAUCUGGGGCAGAUACUGAGGUUCCAUUACAAAUUCCAAGUAGCGAAUUGCCUAAUACACAUACCACGCGUAGUGGAAGAGCUAUUCGAUUACCGGUACGAUUUAGGUAA